AUGUUUACCAAAAACUCACAAAACUUGCAACAUCAUCUAUGGGCCAGAGAAACAAAUUGGAGAUUUGGUCACCAUCCCAUAGCCCAGCAUUCACACUAUUACAAGAGGAACUUCUAUAAGAGUAUUACCCCACGGCUUACCAUACAAAAUGUGGAUAAACCAUUGGCAUUUUUGAGAAAAUUUACUCCAGAUGGUAGUAUGCUGUUGGCAUUCUCCUAUGAGCAGAGGGCCUUAGAAGUAUACCAAUACCAGGGUGUAGGACGGGUGGCACACCUGUUGGGUUCCCACAAAAGUGAAUGCAUCACAGCUGCGGAUCACUCCUUGGACUCGUUGCAUAUACGACAACAGCUCUUCAAUGCCCUGUUCAAGAAGAAAUACACAAUCCAAUUGAUAAAUGCUUCGUGGUCGACGCGCCACGUUUUGAAUCGUGAAUUUAGUAUAUUUCUUGAAAAUGGUCGUUAUGUUUUGUUGGUAUCGGUGGCCGGUGGUUCGAUUUUUCCCAGUUAUCAAGCCUAUCGGGAAUAUCCCGAUCUCUUCGAUGAUGCUGAUUUGUAUGAUUACACGUUCCACUUGGUAGAUUUACAAAAGGGUUGUAUUUCGGAUACCUUACGCAUGGAACAUGAUUUUAUUGUCCUAUCACAUAAUCACAGUGUAUCGGUAUAUGGACGUACUAUAGCAAUUCUUUCUACAUAUCGACAAUGUAUAGAACUUUUGGAAUUGGAUAAUGAAGGAAAAUUGCAACGUUUAUAUACGGUGGGACCGUAUGGCAGCAAUUUAGUUCGUGAUCAAAUUUUGGCCCAAGAACAAAUUGAAAAUUCCACAUUGGAUCAUAGACACAGUGUGCCUUUGUCUCACUUGAAGCAGAAAAUAUUGACAUUUCUUUACAAUAGGGCCCUAGAGGCACCCACGACAUUUUUGCGCAAAGAAAAGCUGAAAUUUUUCUACAAACAUUUUGGAUUGAUCGAACGCAUGCUUAUAUUAAAAAUGCAAUUGAUCGACAGUGAACAUCUGCUGUUGCGUUAUGAAAAACGACAAUCCCAAAUGCCCUUGGAAAUGCUGCAGGGCACUGCCGAUUCGAUUAGUAAAAAUUUUAAAUUAUAUGUUUUCUACAACAUCACGGAACAGAAAGUAUUAAAAAUACUAGAUCGAAAUUCUGUGACACUGCUCCUAAUGCUGCGAAAUUAUUGCGAUGAAUUUCGCAACGUUCGCUCCUUGUACUCGUGGUAUGCCUCAUCGCCGAGUAAUAAUGAUUUCUUUCGGGCAGCAUUUGAUGAUGCCUUGAAAUCCUUUGCCGGUGGCAUACGCGAAGCAGCCGAUCGUUUUAAUCCCACGUUACCAAUUAGUGCACAAAGUUUUUCCACCAGCCCUUAUUUGGAUUAUUCCCUAUUUAAUUAUGAUGAUCGUUUUAUAUCGACAUUGGAAAGGCCACGUUUAAUUGGUAUGGAACCAAUACGAUUUCGUGAUCGUAUUACAAAUAUAUUGAAGUUUCGUGUCCAUUUGGAACAUUCAUCGGAUACAUGGCAGGAAUAUGGCAUGGAUAAUAAUCCACGAGAUUUGGUUACAUUCAUAUUUCAUCCGUAUGAGCCAUUCUUUAUUAGUAUACAGAAAUUUAUAUCACGUUAUGUUUUAAAUUUUCAUAUUUAUAAUGCAAAUACAAAGGUGGGGCCGUAA